AUGGAUACGAGUCAGCUGCAGCCAAGCCCGCGUCCCCUUUACGGCGCUUACGAUGAUAACGACGUGCUGGUCAUCUAUGAAUAUCUCAGACUUGAGGCUGCAAUAGGGGCUUACUUGAAGGACAGGUUAAAGCUGGAGGACGCGCCGGGACGGCGGAUUCUUCCCGAUCACGAUGCCUGGGCCAGUACUAGCCAAAAUCACUGCCUGGAACCCUCCUGGCGGUACAAAGCCAUUCACCAUAUUCUGGCAAGAGCCCUCUUCACGGCCAUCGACUUUGGUUCCUUCAGCGAGUACGCCCUGCUGCCGCCAUCCAUGAUUGCCUUUUGGCGGAAACUGCCCAGGUCGGACUGGAGCUGGGCGACAUGCAAGCCUUCAAGCUCCUCAAACUCCUCCCGCUCCCGUUCCCGCUCCCGCUCUCGGGAGACUCGGAGAUUACCUGCAGCAGUACUUCAAGUGGUGCGGGCACCACACGCCAUCAUACCACAGGUCCUGAAACUGCGGGAUCUGCUCUGCAAAGUCCUACCAGUAGUCGCCUGCACGCCACGUCCACCCCCUUGGGCCGGUAUCUUCAGCCGCAGGAGCAGGGAGCAGCAGCAGCGCGAGGCUGAGCUCAAGGUCAAGGAACUCGAGGACCUGAUCUGGGCCACUGCAAGGCUCGGCUACACCAUCCUUUCACACCCUUGUAUCUGGGCCUUCAACUGGCACGACCCAGGGAUGAUGCUUCAAAUGCCUCGCCUGCUAAAAUAUCCCAAUGCAUCGGGCGAGAGCGAGAGCGAUCGUCAGCCUGAGCCUAUAGAGGUGCCUAUUACCAGAGUAUUCGAGUGCGGGACUUCGAUGGUUCAACUACUCAAUCCCUACGGUUCAAGUUCUGUUGAUGUUGGCGAGGUUGGUUAG